UUCGUCUCCCAUAGGCGGGUCUUGUUGUCAUGGCGGUGUUUUAAACAACGGUCCUUAUAUCUUUGUCAUAUAAUGAUGAUAUUCGUAUUAUAUGACAUGGUUAUUUACCUCAAAUAACCAAAUUCGUGCGAAAUGAAUCGCUUAUACGAUAAAUGAACGAAGGCUGUGUAGUCUAAACAAGGAGGACUAACGGAUAUUGUUUUGGUCAAACUUAACUAGCAUUUUAGCUCAGUCGAAUUAGCCUUCGUUUUUUAAUAUGCUGCCCUUUCAUCUAGAGCAGGUUGGAUCCCCUAUAGACAGUGUGGAAACCAGUUGAUGCUGGGUUCGGUUGGUCCGGUCCUGGGGUUCAAACUCAUCAUCAUUUUAAUGUCGCAUCAUGACGUCACAUCCAUCACACAGGGGUCCCAGGAGCGAGUGGGUCGUCUCAGAACCGAACUAUAAGAUACACAGCCGAAGUACUUCUGCUGGACCCUUUCAGACCCAGUUGCUCUUCAACGAGACCAUUCCCUCCAGCUCCUCCAACCGCGCCUCUCGCGCCGGGCCCCCAUCGCCCAUCGUGAUCGAGAAGCUGGUGCCGCGCUCGGAGGAGCCGGAGAGGCCGGGCAGCUCCCGGAGCUCCGUGAACUUCUCCACCCUCUCCGAGGAGCGUCUGAUGGCCGCCGUGCGGCUGGCCAAGCGGGACCUCCGGAGACGGCGUCAGGAGACCCUGAGGUGCUCCGCCGCCGCCAGACCCCCAUCGGAGGAGGAGUCCGCCCAGGAUACCAGCAGUAUGGACUCGGAACAGGAGAAUGAAGCCAGUUUCAUAUCGGGACCGAAGACUUCCAGCCCCAAAGAGAAGGCAACUCGAUCCGGGGCCAGGUUCUUAGUCCAGUCCCCCCAGAGGAGGUCAGUGUUGGCUGGGUUUGGUCAGGGCAAGUCCCCCCCGACCAAAGACCCUGGUAUGGGUCCCUCAGUUAGAAGCCAUCAGCCCCAGCUGAGCCGGGAGAUCCAGAAAGUUCAGAAGGAGCUGCUCGUCUACAUUGAAAAAGUGGAAAACGGAGUGCAAAAAGCAGAGGAGCCUUUGGAACAAGAGGAGCAACAGAAGAAAGAGAUUCACUGUCAGAAACAAGCUGCCUACUCGGCACGUAUCAUCUACGGCCUUCAGCAGCAGGUCAAAGACAUCCAAGAGGAGAUGGAGAAGCCGUGUCCCCAGAGAGACCGGAGCACCAAGAAGUCCAAGGCCGUGGACCGGUUGGCAGCGGCCCACAGAUCAGCUCUCAGGGCCAUGCGGGUCUUCACCCAACAACUGUCAGAGCCGCCCGUGGGCAAGGUGCCGUCCCAUCACAGAGAGCUGAGCCAGCUCCUACGCCAGCUCGCCCACCGCGCCGCCACGGUGGAGGUGGACCCCGGGUCGACGGUCCCCUCCACGGCUCUGGAGGUCCUGCAGAGGCUAGAGACCCUGGACUCAGCCUUCAGUGAACAGGACCGAUCUCAGCAGAGACAAGCCCCGGCACGCAGCUCCUCUUCUCCUCCACGCGGGCGGUCUCCUCCUCCGUGCCACAGGUCCACCCCCCGUGCACCCGGGGGGGCCCCCCUCGGCAGGGGCCCGGGAAGGCACAAAGCUGUGGGACCCAGGAAGAGCAUUCAUGGCAGGAGGAGAGCCCCUCCUCCCAGGGUCCCCCCCCGCGGAGCCCCCUGCCAGCCGGGGGGGCGGGGCCAGCCUGUGGGGCGGAGCCAGGCGCUGCGGGCCGGCCUGGAGAGCCUCCUCCAGCAGAGGGCGCUGCAGGCAGAGAGUCGGGAGCAGCCGGAGCCACAGACCCACGGAGGAGGAGAGAGAGAGAGGAGCAGGAGCCACCCAGUGCGGGGCGACACAGGCUUCCGCCAGCCCACCGUGUCCUCCCAGCUCCGUGUGAGCCAGCCCCCUCCCCAGCGAGAGCCCUCCGUACCCUGGGUGCCAGCGUCACCGCACUCCCCUCCCCGUCCUGCUCCGAGCAGAUCCCCUCGUGAAGGCAGACCAGAGCCUCGCUGCCUCUUCUCCCCACCGAAGGCCCCUCCCAGCCCCCCGAGGCGCAGCGAGGCCAGGGGGCCGAAGGCGGAGCAGCUCAUCUUCUCAGACCAGAGGAGUCGAGCCCAGAACGAGGCCCUAAGACAAGUGUGGCUGGAGAGGACGACCAUGCAGAGACUCCGCGAGCUGAACCAGCUGAGCCGCGCGGAGGCGGAGCACAUCCACAGACUGCGGUCGGAGGUCAGCUCUCCAACCCGGUGGGCCCAGAGAGCCGAGCAGGAGGCCAGAGACAAGAUCCAGCCCCUGUUGGACGAGGCCCGGCGAGUGGGGGGGGCCAGGCGGGACCGCAGCCCAUCGCCACGGCAACGGAGGUCUGGGCAGGAGAGGGCGGUGGGGAGCGAGGAGCAGGUGAGCGCGGAGCACCUGGAGGAGCUGCUGGACGAGACGGAGCGGGCCGCGUGGGCGAGCGAGGCGGACGGGGAGGCCCGGCGCAGGCUGGGGGCGCCCACCCUGGAGGGCAUGCUGCUGCGCAUGGAGGAGAUCCAGAAGGACGAGGACGCGGUGAGGAGACGCUUCGCUGCCAUCGCCUACGCGGACCCUCCCUCCUGGAGCAACGCUCAACAACCAGGGAUCCAGGGUCAGGCGCUGGGCUCCAACCCCGCCUCCCCUCAGCCCAUUAGACUGACCCGGCUGGUGCACAGACACAGCCCCGUGCCCCACAUCGUACUGGAGGAGCCCGUGGAGACCGGCCACAGCGCUCUGUCCGAGAGCAGCCUCACCACGGACGGGGAGGCGGCGGGUUCCCAGCAUGCACCCGGGCUCCGCGUCGGGGGAGCGGUGGCGUUCCCCGGCCCGGCGGCGGGGGGCGGGGCCGGCUGCACGGUGGUGACGGUGCCGGGCGCCACUCUGAGGGACAUCCGGCUCUACCGGGAGGACUUUGACGCCUACCUGCGGCUGGUGGCUCAUGAGCCCGUGGGCAGCUUCAACCCCUGGGCCAUCGCCGACAGCCUGGCGGAGCAGCUCCUGGAGGAGGCGCUGGCGGGCGUGGCGGCGGAGUUCCAGGACGCCUGUGAGGACUACGCCGAGGCCGUGUUCACCUCCGAGUUCCUCCGGCCCGCCCAGUCCCCCCCCGGGCCGGCACCACCCACACCGUCACUGGGCCUGGUGUAGGGGCGAGGCGGAGGCACCACCAGCACCUCCUCCUCCUGGUCUCUCCUCCUCCACCUCCUAAUCCUCUGUCACUGGGCCUGGCGUUGGGGCGAGGUGGACACACCACCACCUGCUCCUCCUGGUCUCCUCCUCCUCCUCCUCCUCCUCCUGGUCUCCUCCUCCUCCUGGUUUCCUCCUCCUCCUCCUGCUCUCCUCCUCUUGGA